AGACAGAUCCCUGCGUCGAUCCCGUCCUGAAGGCCAAGCGAAACGCGUCGUCGCGCUUGUGCUGGUUGCAUGAGUUUCCCGUCUUCUUGGGAAACGGAUGUGUUUCGGUACCGACCUUCCUAUCAAUUUUACCAGUCUGAUAGCUUUCCCAUUCCGAUCCAUCGUUCCACGACUUAUUCCCAAUCCGGCUCCGGAAAUAAGACCCCAGAACCGGGUGCUCGGGCACUAAAGAUGCCACCCCACAAGCGCGGCCUCCCCGUCAUUGACCUCGUUAGCAGCGACGAUGAUUUUGCGCCACGGCCGAGUAAGAGGGUGUCUGGAAACCGCUCGGUAUCUCUAGGCAGUCAGACGGGUACCAGGGCUUUCAGAGGUGCACCAUCGAAUACACAGCCAUUCGCCAGCUUUGGUGCCAUACCCGGCUCUUCGUCUCAACCUCACACAUACUACGACACUGACGAGGAGCUAAUUGACUUGACUCAAGCUCCGGACGGCCCACCACGAGAGCUUUAUGGAACUCUCGAUAAUAAAAUCGUCGGCGUGCGCUACUACAAUGGAUACGCCUCCCCAGGCGAAUUGGUCAUUUGUCUGCGAGAGCCCAACAACCAGUACGAUCGCAAUGCCAUUCGGGUAUGCAAUGUCAUAGGCGUUCAAAUUGGCCAUUUGCCACGCAAAGUGGUGGAGAAGCUGGCGCCAUAUGUUGAUCGCGAUGAAAUUGCAAUAGAAGCUGUCCUUACAGGAGAGAAGGGCAUGUUCGACUGCCCCAUUCGUCUGCAUAUCUACGGAACCAGCAACCCCAUCAACCGGCUGGCUCUGGAAGAGAAGUUGAAAAGGGACAAGCUUAUCAAGGCCGGUGAGCUCAAGAAGACAAGGGCAGAGGCCGAGGCACAGCGGAAGGUGCUGGGCAUCAAGGGCAGCCAAUCCAGAAUUGGCCUUGAUGGGGGCACGGCAGAGCCCGAAGUCUCUUUAGAGGAGCUGGCACAAGCCAGCCAGACGGUUCAGGACCAGCACCGUGGAGAUGCCAUCAAGUCAUUCGUCGUGGACGAAGACUUCUUGUCCAAGAUGACGAUGGCAGAGCAGCCUGCUGUCCUCGAGUCAACAUUGCUGCCAUACCAACGUCAGGGUCUGGCCUGGAUGACGGCCAAGGAGAAUCCCCAGCUGCCUACCAAGGGUUCUCAGGAAAGCAUACAGCUGUGGAAGUGGGACCAAAGAGGGCGUGGCAUGUACAAUUUGGCAACCAACUUCCUGGUGUCAAGUCCACCCAAACUUCUUUCCGGAGGAAUCCUGGCCGAUGAAAUGGGUCUCGGCAAGACGCUGCAAGUCAUCAGUCUAAUAUUGACCGGUGGCCCAGGCCCGACGCUCAUUGUUGCUCCGUUGAGCGUAAUGAGCAACUGGGAACAGCAGAUCCGCAGGCAUGUCAAGCAAGAGCACCUCCCCAAGAUCUUCACAUAUCACGGAAACAAUAAGGCAACCAAAAGUGAGCUUGCCCAGUACCAGGUCAUCAUCACCAGUUACAACAAGCUUGCAACCGAAGGCGGCAAGGACAAGAUUGAGACGCCCUUGGGACCACUUAUGGCUACCGAUUGGAGACGAGUCGUGCUUGAUGAAGGCCACAUAAUACGCAAUGCAAAGACGAAGGCUGCUGUUGCUGCCAGAAGACUCAAGGCGCAAUCCAGAUGGGUGCUCACAGGAACCCCAAUCAUCAACAACAUCAAGGAUUUCCAGUCCCUGCUGCAAUUCCUUUCUAUCACGGGAGGCGUCGAACAGCCUGCCAUCUUCACCACCGUCAUUUCGCGGCCGCUUGCGCAGGGUAACGAAAAAGCUGAAACCCUUCUUCAACUGCUGAUGCGAGAUCUUUGCUUGCGACGCAAGAAGGAUAUGAAAUUUGUUGACCUUAAGUUGCCGCCCAAGAAGGAAUACGUCCACCGUAUUGCCUUUAGACCGGAUGAGAAGAACAAAUACGAAGCCUUGCUAUCCGAAGCACAGAUUGCUCUGAAGGAUUAUCAGAACAACGCGAGCGGCAUGAAGGGACAGUUCCAAAACGUUCUGGAACGGCUCCUUCGUCUGCGACAAGUGUGUAACCAUUGGACGCUCUGCCGCAAAAGGAUCGACGAUCUCCUCGCCGCUCUUGAGGGCCAAUCAGUUGUCGCCCUCAACUCUGAGAACAUCAAAAUAAUGCAAGAGGCGCUGCGCCUCUAUAUCGAAACGCAGGAAGACUGCGCCAUCUGCCUCGACACUCUGAAUAAACCUGUCAUCACGCACUGCAAGCACGUUUUCUGCCACGCGUGCAUCUCCAAGGUGAUUGAAACGCAGCACAAAUGUCCUAUGUGCCGCAACCAGCUACAGGAGGAUGCACUGCUCGAGCCCGCUCCUGAAGUCAGCGAGGAGGAGGAGAGCUUCGACGGCGAUGCAAAGAGUUCCAAAACCGAGGCUCUCUUGAAAAUCCUUCAGGCCACUACCAAGGACCCCAAGUCAAAGGUCAUCAUCUUCUCGCAGUGGACGUCGUUCUUGACUAUCAUCCAGAACCAGCUUAUCGAGGCAGGAUACAAAUUCGCCCGCGUCGACGGCUCCAUGACGGCACCGAAGCGUGAUGGGGCCAUCCACGCCCUGGACCACGACCCAGACACGCGCGUGAUGCUCGCCAGCUUGGCUGUCUGCAGCGUCGGCCUCAAUCUCGUAUCAGCGGAUACGGUUAUUCUGGCCGACAGUUGGUGGGCGCCGGCCAUUGAGGAUCAGGCCAUUGACCGCGUACACCGCCUGGGACAGAAGCGGCCGACGACGGUAUGGCGUCUGGUUAUGGAGGGAACCGUCGAGGAGCGCGUGCUGGACAUCCAGCAUGAGAAGCGGACGCUUGUGGGCAAGGCUUUCCAGGAGAAGAACAAGGGCAAGAAGACCCAGGAGACCCGGAUGGCGGACAUUCAAAAACUGCUUGGUUGAAUGACGUUGUGGUCGAUUGAGCCUCUUUGUAAGUUUGGGGAUCGGGUAGUUUGAUCAAAAGUUGUGAUUUGCAAAGUGUAAUUGCUAGGGGUACCAGAUUCGCGUCUUUUAUGUCUCUCCCUUUGGAUGCCCAAUACGGUUCAGCUGGUGUAGGUUGUUAGUUGUGCG